AUGGCUGUACCAAUCCACGGCUCUCGCGCCUCUGGCGCUGAUGAUAUUCAAGACAUGUCCAAAAACGGCCAUCAUGAAGAGGUCGAAAAUGCACAGGCAGUCUAUGCACCGACGAGCGAUGAGGAUCCCUAUGGCGGCAAGUUGUCAAAGGAGGUCAUCUUGGCCUACAUUGCCAUGUGCGGACAGAUCAACGCCUACAUCAUGUCCAUGCUGAUACCGGCAACCACCCUCCCCAUGAUCAACGCCGAGCUUGGGCCGGACCCGAAUUCGACCUGGAUUACCUUGAACUGGACCUUUGGCGCCUCCAUGGUUGUCUCGAUCGGCGGCCGUCUGUCGGACAUCUUUGGUCGACGGUACUUUAUGAUGACGGGUGCCAUUAUCUCCAUCUGCGGCGCGCUUGUCGGCGCCAACGGGCGUUCCAUCAACAUGAUGAUUGCCUCUGGCGCUCUCUUUGGUGUCGGCUCGGGGUUCCAGGAAUUAUGCUACGCCUGCGUGCAGGAGCUCAUGCCGAACCGAUACCGCAUCGCCGCCGUGGGGGGCUUGGACGUCAGCCUGGCCAUUGCCUUCUCCAGUCCCGUCAUCAGCUACGCCUUCAUCGCAUACCAGGACAUUGGAUGGCGAGGCGCCUACUGGUACCUUUUCUCAUUCCAUUGCAUGGCCUUUAUCCUACUCUUUCUUUUCUACACGCCUCCCGACUUUGAGACGAAGCACCGUGCAGAUGGCAAGACCAAGUGGCAGCUGGUCAAGCAGAUGGACUGGGUCGGUGUCUUUCUCUUCCUCUGUGGUGGCGCCCUGUUUCUUAUUGGAGUGAAUUUUGGCGGUCGAACGUACCCAUGGACGCACCCAGGAACGCUGGCGCCCAUUAUCAUUGGCGGAUGCUGCUUCAUUGCCGUCGGCUUCUGGUGCUCGUACGCCAAGCUGGAGUAUCCGCUCUUCCCACCAAAGCUCUUCAAGAAGGUUCGCGAGUUCGACAUGGUCAUUGUGGUCUGCUUUGUCGGCGGAAUGCUCUACUAUAGCAUGAACGUCCUCUGGCCUCGUCAGUCGCAGGCGUUUUUCAUUCCUGAGGACGACAUCAUGAUGCGCGGCGUGUACGCCAUCAUCUUUUCGUGUGGCACAUGGACGGCCGGCCUUAUCGUGGUCUUCAUCUGUUCGCGUCUCCAUCACGAGAAGUGGCAGCUGGUCGGGUUUACCGUUGUGCAGACAGCUCUGAUCGGAUCCAUGGCGUCUGUGGGGGCCGACGACGAGGGGCAGGCCAUUGCAACGGUCGUACUAGCCGCCACCACGAUCACGCCGCCGCAGCUCCUGUCCUUUACCAUGUUGUCGUUCGGCUUGGAGGACCAGAGCGACCUGGGUGUGGCCGUGGGCCUCGCCGGCACGUUCCGACUGUUUGGUGGUGCCGUUGCCACCGCCAUCUACACGGCCAUUUACUCCAACCGCUUCAACGAGGUUCUCCCAUCGACCAUGACUGAUGCGAUUGAGAAUUCGGGUGUCGAGUAUUCGGACGGCCUUCUCCAGCAGCUCAUCACCGCAGCGGCAACCAACACCCGGGCAGCAUAUGAAGCAGUCGCCGGCUCGUCGCCCGCACUCGUCCGCGAGGCAGAGAAGGCGGCGCGCCAGGCCUACGUUCAGGGCUUCAGGCUGGUCUAUCUCGUGGCCAUUGCGUUUGGCAUCCUGGCCAUUAUCGCAGCGGCUUGCACCGUCAGUACCGACAGGCGCAAGAAGAACAACGACAGGGCCGUCAUUACAAUGACUGAGGCGAAGAAGAGGGAUCUCAUGCUGCAAGACAAGGUGGCUGCUUGA